AUCUCGUCGACUCAUCAUGAGGCUUUCAGCCGCGCUGAGCCUCGUCGCCUCGCUCGCCCUCGCAGCAGCCGUCCCCGUGCAGUCCGUCGAGCUCACCGUCCUCAACCCCGACAACUUCAAGCCCACCAUCGCCGACGGCGUCUGGCUGAUCGAGCACUUCUCGCCCUACUGCCACCACUGCCGCGACUUUGCCCCGACAUGGCAGGAGCUCGUCGACCGCACGCAGGCGAAAGCCGACCCGGGCAUCCAUCUCGCGCAGGUGAACUGCGCCGUUGACGGAGACCUAUGCUCCGAGAACGGCGUCAAAGGCUACCCCCAGAUCAACCUCUACAAAAACGGCAAGUACGUCGACCAGUUUCGCAAAGCCCGCUCGCUCGAGCUUCUCGAGGAGUUCAUCGCGCAGCACGCCGAGCCCACCAGCAAACCCAUACCUCCAGCACCUACCACGACGCAGGCCCCCACCGAGGCCCCGUCCCCGCCUCCGCCGGUCUCGAGGAAACUCCCGAACCCGCGCGGCGCCGUCCUCAGCCUCACCGGCAACACCUUCCAAGACGCCCUGAAGGACGGGCCCCUCUUUGUCAAGUUCUUCGCGCCAUGGUGCGGCCACUGCAAGAAGCUCGCGCCCGUCUGGGUCGAUUUGGCGCGGCACAUGGCGGACAAGCUCACCGUCGCGGAGGUGAACUGCGAGGAGCACUCGGCGCUAUGCAAGAACCAGGACGUGACGGGGUACCCGAUGUUGUACUUUUAUCCUGGUGGCGGCGCGGCGAAGACAGAGUAUACGGGCGGACGGAAGUUGGAGGCGUUGAAGGCGUUUGCGGAGAGGGCGGUCUCGCCGGCGGUACAGGAGAUCGAGUACGACAAGCUGCAUCAAGUCGUGGAGGAGCACCCCGUGUUCUAUCUCCUCCUACACGCCCCCGAGGACACGCGCACAGUCAACGAUGUCACGCAAGCCGCGCACGUCCUCCUCGGCUCCCCGCCCAUCUACACCUCCUCCUCUCCCGCCUUCCUCACGCACUUCUCCCUGCCCGCCUCCUCCCUGCCCAUACUCCUCGCACUGAAAGACCACGACCCCACCCUCCCUGUUUCGACCUACCACCCGCCUGCAGCCAACUCCAAGCACACCACCUCAAUUGAAAACACCCAGCGUUGGCUCCUGUCCAACCGGCUGCCCACCACCACCGAGCUCUCAUCGGAGUCCUUCCAGGCGAUUAUGAAAGCCCCGCACAAGCCGCUCGUCGUGCUCGUCGCCGUCCCUGACACGCAGGACGCGCAGACCAUCCGGAAGGUGCGGGAUAUAGGGAAGCAGUGGCGCAACCGCCAGGGCGCGGGCGACGUCGUGUUCACGUGGAUGGACGCGGGGCAGUGGGGCAAGUGGCUCAAGAGCAUGUACGGGAUCAGGAAGGGCGACCUGCCGGGCGUGGUCAUCGCCGAGCACGAGAAAUUAAUGUACUACGACACGGACGAGCACGGGCACAAGAUCCAGCUCGAGGCGGACAGCAUAUUCUCCGCGAUUGACGGCGUGCGCAAGGGCACAAUCCGCGCUAAACACUCAGAGAACAUCGUCGAGCGGCUCGCUCGGUACCUGAAUGCGAAGAUGAUAGCAGUCGAAUACUACGUCUCCCACCACCCCUGGCGCACACUCUUAUUCGCGGUUUCCUUCCUCUCGCUCCUGGCUCUGGCCGCCAAGCGCUUCCUCGCUUCAGACAAUAUCUACGAAUACCGCGAGCACAAAUCCAAUCGUUUAGAUUGA